GAGGCGGGAAUGGAGCGAUGGGAGGAGGAGAAAGAGUGACGCGGUUGCCGAAGCGAGGGGGAAACAGUAUUCAGAAGGAGGAGGGAGGGGAAAAAUUAGUCCCGGAGCGGCCGGAAGAGGCCGAACGGAGCCGAGUCGAGCCGAACCUGGGCCUGCCCAAGGGAAGCCGGCGGGGAUCGGUGGCCUGAGGAAAAUCUCUUCAGGAUCCCGAGCGUUCGUCGACGGGAGGGGGAAGCAGAGCCGAGCCGGGAGGCGGCGGUGGAGGAGACUACGGGGGAAGGAAGAGAAGCGCGGACUGUGGAAAGGGAGCCCGCUUCCCUGCCCCCCGCUCCGGUUUCUCCCCCUCACAUUCCGGAGUCGGCGGCGGGAAGGAGCCGCUCCGGGAACGGCUGAGGCAGGGGGAGCCUCUCCACUUGGUGUUGUUUUUUUAAAUCUUCUCAGGCGGGAGCCUCUGAAAAAGGCCGACCGUCGAGGGUGGGCGCCACCGGUGGCGAAACUCCCCGGCGAGCCGGGCCAGAACCGGAUUCGAACCGGGCCAGAACCAGAGUCGCACUGAUCCGAGAAAGAGAAGCGGUUGCCUUCGCUGCUACUGCUGCUAGGACUACUUCGGGACUAAGACCCCCACCCCGCCUGCCUGCCUGUCCGACCAACUUACCUCAGUCCUGUCAGAACAGUUUUCAGUGAGGAGGAAGCUGGUGGUUAUGAUGAUGAUGAAGAAGCGCUUUGGGGCCUAGAAGUGUGCGAGGCCGAGAUAAAGAGGCGGGGGGGGGUCGCGACGAGAGGACCCCCGCCUGGCUGCUUUCCUUUUCCCUCUUUUCCCCCCCACACCACCUAAAGUAGGGUCAGAGAAGGGAGCUCUGUGGAGCCUGCCUUGAGGGGAGGUUCGGAGGUGCGACCCCAGUUUGUGCAACAUUAUUUUUUCCCCUUUUAUCUCCACCCCUGAGCCUAAUUUUGGACGUCUACAUGCUGUUCCUUGCCCUCAUAAAAGGCUUUCCUUAAAAAGAGAGAGAGAGGAGGUUCUGCCCCCCCUUUAUAAAAGGGAUAGGGGGUCUCUCUAAAGAGUGUAAGGUGCAAAUCCCCCCCAAUUGAAGGGAACUGCUCAAAGAGGGGAAAGAAAAAGGCCAGCCUUCCUUUAGUCUGGCAAGUUCACACACACCCUUCUGUAAAAAAGGAAAAUCAAGUGCAGGAGAGAAGCCCUACUCUAUAUAACCUGAUAGAAGGCUUCUUCCACUGUCAUCAAGGGAUUCUUCCUACAGAUUAGCAAUUGGUGGGGUCUGGAGAGGCAACUUUCAAGAGCAGGGAGUCUCCAAGUGUAUUAGAGUAGGCUGCCCUGUCAUCUCAUGGGGUAAUAAGGGUGGGAGGAGGCCAGCUGCCCCCCCCCUGCCAGUUUUUUUCUUCCUGUGGACAAGAAUUGUUACGCUGUUUGACCUCUUAUUGGUUUGUGGUGUCCUAAUGAUUUGAGAAGAGUUCUGGAACUGUAAUGACUGGACACGAGGUUUGGGAAUAACUUGAAGCAGAUGUGUCGGCUUCUGACAGUUACCAUCUUGACCAAGCAUCCUCUUAAAUGGAGAUGUGUAUUCCUUCAGAACUGAGGCAAAGGCAGGAUUUUCAAAGGACUGAAUCAUGACUCUUAUAGCCUUCUCCCUUACUGCUUGGAGGAUUUGGGGCAGAAAAGGCUCUAUGCGGGUUUUCCUGAGCAUGCUCUGAUAUGGAUCUUUGGGGUGAUUGUGAAGAGCGGCAUUGCUGUUGUUUUUAACUGACUUCAUUUGUAACUCUCUUUGGAGUAAAAGCUGGUGUGUGUAUGGGAAAGUGACAGUAAUGUACUUAAGUUAACUCCUACAAUGCAGAUUGGCUAAAAAGUUGUCUCCUUGCCAAGGGCUCCAAUGAGUGGCACACAGUCCGCAAUCACGGACAGGUUUCCCCUCAAAAAACCUACAAGGCAUGGCAGCAUUCUGAGCAGAGAGUCUCCAGCAGACAAGAAGCAGAAAGUUGAACGCUGCAUCAGUGCCCACGACUUCGACCCUACAGAUAGCUCCUCCAGGAAGACAAAGUGUAGCUCGGAGGAGAGUAGAUCCGAGACGUAUGGUCUUGUUCAACGGUGUGUUAUUAUCCAGCGGGAUGAAAAUGGGUUUGGGCUGACUGUCAGUGGAGACAAUCCAGUCUUUGUGCAGUCUAUCAAAGAAGAUGGAGCAGCCAUGCGGGCUGGAGUUCAAACUGGUGACCGAAUCAUUAAGGUGAAUGGGACUCUGGUAACUCACUCAAACCAUUUGGAGGUGGUGAAGCUGAUAAAGUCGGGUUCCUAUGUAGCACUCACUGUGCAAGGGCGCCCACCUGGGUUGCCCCAGAUUCCACUGGCUGAUUCUGAGAUGGAUCCAUCAGCAUUUGGUCAUAUGUCUCCUAUCAUGACAUCUCCACACUCACCGGGAGCAUCUGGAAACACAGAGAGAAUUACCAGCCCAGUGUUGAUGGGGGAGGAAAAUAAUAUUGUUCACAGCCAGAAAGUGGAGAUUUUGAGGAAGAUGCUGCAGAAGGAGCAGGAGCGACUGCAGUCCUUGCAAGAAGAUUACAGCCGUUCUCCCAUUCCACGACUACUCAAGGAGAUCCAGGAAGCCAAGAAGCACAUCCCGCAACUGCAGGAGCAGUUGUCAAAAGCAACAGGCUCCACUCAGGAUGGAGUUUUAUCUUCCAAGUCUGUGACAGAGUCUUUGCAGAUCAGCGAGGUAGAAACUGAGAGCGGGGAUGGGCUGAACAAAGGAGACAGCAGUUUUGGUGACGGCUCCCAGUCAAAUAGUGACACAGCUGAGAGUCCCCGAAGUGGCCUGAAGGAACGGAUCUAUUUGGAUGAGAGCCCAGAGAAGAGUGAGAUGCAAGAUACUGACUCUCAGUCCAGUAUUGGAAGUCCCUCCACACGUACCGCACCUCCGAUCAUAGGAGCGGAAGACGACGACUUUGAUGGUGAACAGGAGCAGAUCAAUGGGCAGUGCAGCUGCUUCCAGAAUAUAGAGUUGCUGAAAUCCCGCCCUGCUCACCUGUCUGUCUUUCUGCAUCAUGUCGUCUCCCAGUUUGACCCUGCUUCAUUGCUUUGCUAUCUUUUCGCGGACCUGUACAAGCAAACAAAUUCUAAAGAGACUCGUCGUGUCUUCAUUGAGUUUAAUCAGUUAUUCUUGGAUCGAGCUGCAAAUCUGAAGGUCCCAGUCCCAGAUGAAAUUUCUGUAGAUCUAGAAAAGAGAAGGCUAGACUUAAUUCCUGAAGAACUGCACCGCCAUUAUAUUCAAACUAUGCAAGAUAAAGUCUUUCCUGAAGUUCAGAGGCACCUUGAAGAUUUUAGACAGAAACGCAGCAUGGGGCUGACCCUGGCAGAAGGAGAGUUAACCAGACUGGAUGCAGAACGUGUUCGUGACCGAACCACGCUGGAGAAGGAGAGAGCAUGUGCAGAGCAGAUCAUUACCAAAAUUGAAGAAGUGCUAAUGACGUCUCAGCCCAUAGAAGAAGAGAAGAGUUCAAGCAUACAGUAUGUUGUUCUCACCUACAUGAAACAACUUGGCGUAAGAGUCAAAGAGCCCCGGAGUCUAGAUCAGAAACGGGGACGGAUUGGAUUCCUGCCAAAGAUAAAGCAAAGUAUAAAGAAAGAGAAGGAAGGAGAUGAAAAGAAGAGGAGAGUCUUCCCCAACAUCCUGGGACCUCCAAGGAGGCCAAGCCGCCAUGACAGCUAUGCAAUAGGCAGAGCCCUGGAAUUACAAAAGCAGCGGCAUCCAAAGCACUUACCCACACCUUCUUCUGUCAGUCCGGAGCUACCAGACUCUGUCAAGAUGCGCCAGAGUGGGUCUAGCGAUGGCACAGAUGCAACCUACCCAUCUGCUAACCUCAUGUCCCCACUCACUGCUGGAACCUUUCCUUCUCAGGAAGGGAACAAGGAUAACGAAACAGGGUCAAAGCAAGUUGGAGAACAUCCAUCUUCUAGUGACUCAGUGGAUGGUACACCUCGUACACCAAAUACCAUAUUUGAUUUCCCAUCUCCACCACUGGACCAUUUGCUGGAAGAGGAAGGAGAGUUUGACAGGUUAGCAGAAUUGGGAACACCAAAAUCUUUUCGCAACUUCCCUCCUCUCAGAAUGGACAGUCUGGGUGCUGGAGAUAACCAGAGUGAAGAUGAGCUCUUUGAGUUUGACGUGGAAACUGACCCCCCCAACUGGCAGCAGCUUGUGAGCCGUGAGGUGCUGCUUGGCCUGAAACCCUCUGAGAUUAAACGCCAGGAAGUGAUUAAUGAGUUAUUUUACACUGAGCGCGCUCAUGUCCGUACACUGAAGGUUCUUGAUCAGGUCUUCUAUCAGCGUGUAUCCCGUGAAGGAAUCUUACCUCACUCUGACUUGCGGAAAAUAUUUUCGAAUUUGGAAGAUAUUCUCCAGCUCCAUGCUGGAUUGAAUGAGCAGAUGAAAGCAGUGAGAAAAAGGAAUGAAACAUCCGUUAUUGAUCAAAUAGGAGAGGACUUGUUAACUUGGUUCAGUGGAGCAGGGGAAGAGAAAUUGAAGCAACCCACUGCCACCUUCUGUAGCAACCAGCCCUUUGCUUUGGAGGUGAUCAAGUCACGGCAAAAAAAGGACUCUCGCUUCCAGACUUUUGUCCAGGAAGCUGAGAGCAAUCCACUCUGUCGCCGACUGCAGUUGAAAGAUAUAAUUCCCACUGAGAUGCAAAGGUUGACCAAAUAUCCCCUUCUGCUGGAUAAUAUUGCAAAGUACUCAGAACAACCUGGAGAGAAAGAGAAAGUGAAGAAAGCAGCAGAUCAUUGUCGACAGAUCCUCAACUAUGUGAACCAAGCUGUCAAAGAAGCAGAGAAUAAGCAGCAUUUGGAAGAUUACCAGCGUCGGCUUGAUUUGUCCUACCUGAAGCAGUCGGAAGGCCCUAUGCUGGAUGAAUUUAGGACUUUGGAUUUAACCAAGAAAAAGAUGAUUCAUGAAGGGCCUCUGACCUGGAAGGUGAAUCGUGACAAGACAAUUGAUCUCUACACGUUGCUGUUGGAAGAUAUUCUGGUGCUUUUACAGAAGCAAGAUGAUAGACUAGUGCUGAGAUGUCACAGCAAGAUCCUGGCUUCUGCUGCAGAAAGCAAGCAUAUAUUCAGCCCUGUCAUCAAGCUCAAUACUGUGUUGGUUCGCCAGGUGGCCACAGAUAACAAAGCCUUCUUCGUCAUCUCAAUGUCAGAAAAUGGAGCCCAGAUUUAUGAACUGGUGGCACAGACAGUUUCUGAAAAGACUGUGUGGCAGGACCUCAUAGCACGGAUGGCAGGGACAGUGAAAGUUGGAAGAGGCAGAAGUGUAAUUCCAUUUCCUCAGUCUGGACCAUGCGAGGAAGAUCACGAGGAGGAAGAGCAGCAGAAAUUGAAGGAAGAACAAACUGCAUCUGAUAGCAGCAUGCAGAGUCCGGAUAAAGAGCUGGGACUGGAGUCUCCCCUGAUGCUGAAGGCUCAGUCUCCUUCAACAGCCAUGUCUGAGAAGCUGGAAGAGGAGGAGCUCCUGGAGGCGGACAGGCGGUUUGGAGAAAAACCUCCAGCAGACUUGCUGAUCAAAGAGUCCUCUGAACACUACAGCCACACAGGUCCAGAGCACUCCUUCCAAAGCUCAGAAGACCGAUGGGCAUUGGAUGCACUAAGGAACUUGGGCUUAUUGAAGAAAUUGCUAAUGCAGCAGCUGGGCAUGUCUGAAAAGGAGUCCCUCGAAGGCUCGCAGCGUUUCUCCAGGCAUAGGACAGUUCCUCAGAGAACUCAAGUGGAGAGUGGUGCCCAGAGAGGACGACAGUACUUGGGCACUGACAAGACAUCCCUGUCUGGGGCCAAUAGGACACCCUCUAGCAUGGGAACAAGUAAUUUUGGACCUUGUUGCAGUCAUAGGACUUCAAGUGAGUUUAUGCAACCAGGGGACACUAUGCCAAGUAGCAGUCAAUUAAUGGACCCUUCGAGCACAAGCCCAGAUACCCCAGCCGCUGAGCUGGAAGGGAUGGGCCCUGAGGAUGGUGGAGAGCACUUUUUCGAUGCUCGUGAAGCUCACAGCGACGAGAACCAAUCAGAAGGUGAAGUGGCAGAAAGAAAAGAGGUAGAAGAGGUGCAGUUGCGAAUCUCAGGAAAUUAUUUGAUCCUUGACGGAUAUGGCACAGUACAGGAGAGCUCCACAGAUGAGGAGGUGACUUCAUUGGUUCUACAAUGCACUGCAGGCAACAGCACGAUGGACUCUGCCCACAAACAGCCAAAAUCUCUGCAAGACAUCCAGACAGAGAGAGGAAUUUCGCCAUUUACGGAGGAAUUAAUGGCCUCCCACUGGGAAAGUGCUAAGGAAUCUUCCUCGGAUGUACUAAGGCCUCCCUUUUCUGUGGAGUCUUGUGCGCUGAUAAUGCAUUACAUUCAGAAGAUAGAAGCCAACCUUGAACACUUAAAGGAAGUGGAGGAGAACUAUGCUACUCUUCUUCAACAAAGGCUGGCUGGAACAGCCCCCACAGAUGAGCACUCAGAUAAAAGUUAGUCAAGCUUCCUGAAGGUUGGAUGGAAGCACCAGUCUUGUGUUGGCAGUUGCCGACUUCUUCCUGGACUCUCAUGGCAUGUGGCCUCUUUCUGUGGACCAUCCAAGUGCAGCAUGAGGGGAUGAAUGGUUUCCUUUUAGGCAUCUGCACUAGCUUGUCAGGGAGAGGUGGUGAUUUUGUUCUCCUUCUCUUGCUACCAGAAAUUCUUUUUGAUUCCAAAUGGAGGAAAGAGGGGAACAAAAAGAAGAAACCAAAUGUAUAAAGCUUUGGGUGUAGGAUAUAAAAAAUGUAUUUAGACAUAUACAAAAAAAAAAUCAAUGUAUUUAUUUGACUUCAUUCCGUGUACUGAAAGCACACUUUAAUUUGUAUUUUAUUUUGCUUUUUUUUAUAUAUAUAUAUAUAUAUAUAUAUAUAUAUAUAUAUAUAUAUAUAUAGUGCCAGUUUGUAGACACCCCCCCCCACAUCCCUCUGCUGCUCCUGGACCCACAUUCAAGGCUGAGGUGCUUGUGUGAAAGCACGUCUCAAUUUUUCACUGGGUUGGAUUCUCACAGCAACCAGUCCACUGCUCAAAAGAGCUACCCCUGGAAUGGAAUGCACCCAGCAGCAUGUGGACAGGGGGACCCUCACUUGCAGUGUCAAUUUGCCAUGCUCUAUGCAGUUAGGUAGAGGAAGGCAAUGUUAAACCACCUCUGAGUACCGCUUACCAUGAAAACCCUAUUCAGAGGGUCGCCAUAAGUUGGGAUCGACUUGAAGGCAGUUCAUUGCUUGCUUGCAUGCAGUUAGGCACUUGGAAGGCUGGCAGUAUUUGGGUUCUCCUUCCCAUGGGGUUUGGACAAGGAAAGGAAAGGGUUGGGAUUUUUUUGCCCCUCCCCCAAGCUCUGGUUUGACCCGUCAUCUUGACACCCCUUUGUAAGCAGUGACUUGUUGUUUGUGUCUUUUUGGAGAGAAGAGGUUUUUUUUUUUUUCUGGAUCAGGGCGUACAUGCCAGAGGUCUUUUAGAACCACAAUGUGUCUGCUUAGUCACAUCUGCUCUGUGUGUCAACUGGAGUUAGCCACAGCUACUUCUGAGGAUACACCUCAGUAUCCAGAGGUGUACCUUGCUGACCAUUGCGGGUAGGGGGUGCGGAGGAGAAUGGGGUUUGGUUUGGGGUGGGGUUUUUUGCACUAUUUGUGCCAAAGUGCUCUGAAAUCACACUGGUUAGCUCAGAAACCUCCACGGUGGGGAGUGAGGAACAGAAUAGCUGGGAGCAGCUCUGCAGUAUUUUUCCUAACACGAAUUCUGACAUCCUAAUGUUUUGAAACUGGACCCUGUCUAAGAAUGGAAGUGGAAGGCUCACAGCACAGAUGUAAAAACACUGGACACUCCAGACUGGUUACCAGGACUGGUAUGAGUCUGGGUGCUACCUCCAAGAGACAGACUGUUCAGGAUGCAGCUUUUUCCUUAUAUUGCAAGUGGGUGACCAUUUUUCUCCACCAGGUUCCCAAAUCUUAGAAUCGUAGAGUUGGAAGGGGCCUAUAAGGCCAUCGAGUCCAACCUCCUGCUCAGUGCAGGGAUGCAACUUAAAGCAUACCUGACAGCCACCCAGCUGCCUCUUGAAUGCCUCUAGUCAUCCAGGACUUUUUAAAAAUUAUUUUUUACCAGUCAGAAAUACUGUAAAUGUGCCAAACUCUAGAAAUCCCCAUAAUGUGUAUUCUUCAUGCUGAAUGUGCUGCAAAGUGUGGAGAAUUUUUCAUUUGUCCCCCCCCCCUUCCAGUGUGAAGGUCAUACUGCCUGCUCCAUUAACACAGAGACACAUUUUCCCCUUAGCUAUAAUGGCAGAGAAUAAAAACCAUUGUUUUCCAGUCAUGCGAAACACAAACCACUUCUUCCCUUUUCAGGAGGAAAAGUAGUGCUGAAAAUGGGCAGGCUCAACAGGGACAUACUUUUUUAGUGCCCCCCCCCAAAAAAACCUUAUUGAAACUAUGAACUAAUGCAUAUCAAGAUGGGGAGAGGAGAUUUUCCUGAAGCAAGCUGUGUGGAUCACCAUCCAUCUUCAGUGGCAGGAAGCACCCCAAAGCCAAAGUGUCUCCUUCCAUAUCUGCACAAACUUCCUCUUAUCAGUGCCAUUCUGAGUGCCCCACAACACUCUGUUAGUUCCCAUUUCAAAACUUUUGAAUCCUAAAAUGUGAAGUUGUUUUUCACCUAAAAUGUUUUUUUUUUUUUGCCACCUAAGCAUUUUGAAGGCCGGGCAUGCCUGACUGGGUGAGAUAAACAUGGACCUUUAUGUCCUUUUCCUAUUUUAGGUAGAAUUUUUGACCUCUUAACUAUGGAACAUCACGCUACUAACAUUUUUACCUUCUCUUGCCGCAGCCCUAGGUAUCCACAUCUAGGACUAUCAGAAGCCAUGCUCGCAUCUUGGGUCUCUCCCUAGCACGAGUAGCUUUUGAGCAGCUGAGCAUCUAGAUUUCCUUUGUGGAUUAUUGUUUCCAGGCCCUUUGCUGUUUUUUUUUGGGGGGGGGGGUUGCAAGAGUCCUGAGAUCUUUGUCUGCUCUAGCACCUCCACUAUUAAUUUCACUACAGAACUGCAGAGGGGGCUAAUGGAGAUGUUGCUUCUUCAUCUUUAAAAUAUGUCCUUUGAGGAUCAACCCAAAGAAGCAGGGUGAAAGAAUGCAGGGUUAGUGGCAGAGCCUGAAGGCUUCCUGGCCCUUCAUAGUGGACAUGAGCACCUUCCCACCCACCCACCCCUGAACCAAAACAGUGUUGUGCUCUUGUCCUGUUGGUGGUGUUUGGUUUUGUAUGUUUUUCAGGGUUAUCUUAUUCCAUAUUAUGCAAUCUCCUGUUGAGGGCAUUAUCCAGCUAUAGGAAAGAGAAGAUAGUGAGAAAUGGGGAUUGUCCAUUGCUCCCAACGCCAUAUCCUAAUAUCACUGGGGAUGCCUUAACUCCCUAGCGUGACUACUGUACAACAGGCCCCGGGCACAGAUUCAUUUUUGUGAAGAGGGUCAACACUAAAAAUGCACUUUGUGGGGGUUCCCAUUGGUUUUGGGUGUGCGUGUGUUUUUUUAAAAUGUACUAGAAUAGCCAUGAAGAAUUCCAGCCAAAGAGUCCUUUCCUGUCUUUAACAACUGGCUGUGAACAUUCCCUUCUUUAGACUGGAUAAUAGGAUGGGACAGUCUUUUCUCACCCCUUCUGACCCCCCCCCCCCCCGAAAAAAACACAAGGCUGAAAAUAUAAGUAAUUAAAUAUUUCAUUGGCAAGGUAACAUUAUGUUGGCUGUACUGGACUUCUUGAGACUUCCGUGUGUUUAAGCUAGAUUUAUAGAUCUAGAUCAGCCUUUCCCAACCUUUGUUGCUGGGCUACAAUUCCCAUAAUUCCUGACCAUUAGCCAUGCUGUCUGGGGCUGAUGGAAGCUGUAGCCCAACAUCUGAGGAUCCAAAUGUUGAGGAAGGCUAAUCUAGAUUGUUGGGGGGGGGGUCAAAAGGCAAAGCCUGAAUCCAGAUGGUAACUUCCUGUGCAGUCCACUUUUAUGCCAUUUGGACCUGGUCUACACAUGAAGCAGAAUGGUAGAAUCCCAAGGGUUUUAGAGUGCACUGUUUAUUUCUUGGGGUUUGCCCCAGGAUUGUCUUGAGACCACAAGCAGCGAAGCUUUAGACAAAGGUUGGGAUUUCCUUUUAAAUGGGGCUCACAUCUUCCAAUAGCAACAAGAGGGCCAAAGCAAAUGUCCCACUUUGCCGCACUAUUGCUUUUAACUGCACUUAGUACAAUGUACUCUACUACUAUGGCUUUCACUAGCUCCAAUUCUUACUCUUGAUAUCUGCCCUCUGAUUAUAUAAAUUCUUAACUGCUACGUGUGAGACUCUGGAAGAGUGGGGGGAGAGCUUGGAAAAGUUACUUUUUUGAACUACAGCUCCCAUGAGCCCCAGCCAGCGCCAUGCUGGCUGGGGCUGAUGGGAGUUGUAGUUCAAAAAAGUAACUUUUCCAAGCUCUGAGAUAAUAUUUUUAAUGUUUUUUCCAAGGCUCUACUCAUGUUGUUUCUUUGCACUGGGGUGGGGUGGAGGGAGGAUAUUCUAAAAUUUGCUCCCCAGCCCAACUUGCAGUCUAUCUGCAGUGAUACAAAUCAUGCCUUUUCAAAACUCUUACCUCCUUAUCUUCAUCUCAGUUCUGCUCUGCGUGUAGAUCAGAUGUCACCGUUGGAAGGGAGGAGGAACUAGUACUAAUGUUUUCUGUACAGAGUUUUUGGCUCAGCAAUCCUGGGACAAAUCACCUGGUUCAGCUGCCACCUGCUACUAAUCUACCGUUUGAACUUGCAAAGAAUGGGGUUGCCAAGAAAUAAGGGGUGUCCACAUAGGACUCCCAUGUUGCUUGUAGAUGUUGGGUGUACAGGAUUGGUGCACCCAGUUGCUGCAAAAAAAAAACCUUUGUAGUUCCUGGAGGACAGGGAUCCUUAACUUUCAACAACCAAAGCUUGGAAAGAACUGUGCCUCUGUCAUCUUUGGCACUUUGUGGAAGAAGAAAUAAUCUAGAAUAAUAACAAUCUAGAAUAAUCUAGACAUAUUCUAGAAUCACAGUGAAGCUUAUAUCUGAUGGAUGAAUUUGACCCAUCACUGUCCCCAUCCCAAAGAGAUCCUUCACUCCCCCUUCUUCCCCCUCCCUACAUACCAACGGAUAAGCCAAUGUACUCUGCAGCCAGAACCCUACAUUGCUCUUUUGAAAUAAAAUUGAGUUGUUGUUGUUUGAAACUCUAACUACUAAAAAUGUAUUUUAUUUGUUCACUAUACGAUCAUUUACUCCUUUUAACAGAUUUUACUUUUAAGGAAAACAAAAACAGCCCAAUCUGGAAAAACACUUUGAUAAGUAAAAUGCAAAAAAAAAAAAAAUCUUAAUAAUUAUUCUGUAUUUUUAACUGAUCAUGUUUGAAUGUCUAAGGGAAAAAAGAAUUUAUUGUUCUAAAUAUCCAGAUGUAUGUAUGUUUGUAAAAUAGCUCUUAUUAAUAGUUG